AUGAUCGGAAAGAGAGAUCUGGCCGGACUGGGUAUCCUUCCAGGCACGAAUCGGUCUCCUAAACGUCUUCGGAACAAAUGGUUGGGAGCGGCCCCUGGGGCACCCCCAUAUGCCCCCCCUCCACCGGUAAGACCGCAUGUGAGUCUUGCUACUUGGAAUGCUGCUGCUGCUGCUGCUGCUGCUGCUGCCGCCCCUCCGCAGCCUCCGCAGCCUCCGCAGCCUCCGCAGCCGCCUCAGCCAGUUCAUGCUCAUCCUGUUCCGCCUCCAGGGCCACCUCCCGCGCCUCUUUAUCAGGGUGCUCCGGUGGCAGGUGGUGCUCCGGCUGCUACUGGUAGUACUCCCCCUUCCGCUCCGGCUCUUCCUCCAGAUGAUACCAAUUGGUUUGAGGAAAAACUGCCAGCAGAUAUAAUGUGGGAUAUAAGCCGAGUUUACUUCAGCCCAGAGCAUCGGAUAAAUACUGCGGCGACAUAUCCUCGGCUAGGUGAUCAACUUUUCGUUUGUGAAGCCCGGGAUAUCAAUAGGGGCAUACCUUUGUCUGGAGGUUCCUCACUCGAUUAUUACUUCGGCAACGCUGCAAGUUUAGCGCACAGCACAAGCAUAUUCCGAGCCAUUAUCAGGGCAUACCGGAUUGAGACUGCCGGGUCCAUAAACGGCAUAUGGGAUAGGGUCAUAGCGAACACGCCGCCGCCUCUUCAUAUUGCCAUAGAGCUGGGAAGGUCGGAACUCACCUCCAUCUUACUCGAAGAAGGGGCCAAUCCUAACAUCAUGUGGCACCCGAGCCCCAACGUCUUGCAGGAAACGAGGACAAACCACUUUGGGGGCGCCAAUUACAUACUUUCGGGCUGUAGUCGCUCUGGUCAUGCCCACUAUACCUGUGACCCCCUACCUGUCACUGUCGUCGGCAACAACCAUCUAGCACCCAUCGGUACCAUCUGCCGCAAUGUUUGGCAUACCGCCCUUAUGUCAGGCAGGGAAGCACUCAACACUGGGAACGACGCUUUAUAUACGGCCAUAGAGGCUGGCACUGGCGAUCUUGCUGCCCACUCCAACCGGCCCAAUUUCCCACCUCCCAGUCAGCCCGACUUCUGGCUCCUCCUUUGGGACGCCUUGGAAAUCGACUUCCACACCUUGGUUCGCCGUGUUCUGGAACCCAUCCACGCACGCGACGCCAACGACCCUCAUAGAAAACUCUUUAUGGCCCGUCUUCCCACUCUGUUUGAUCAUACCGUCAACUACGUUCAGGACUGCAACCGAGAGUGUAUUCAUUACUUCAUCAUCGACCUGGGAGUAGUCGUGGACAACAACUUUGCCCAGACGGUUUUCAAUGCGGGCCAUCCUCGCAACGCCGAUGCCGUGUUCGAAUGCUACCUACGGCAAAAUAGAAUCCCCAAUGCACCGCCCAACAUCUACACGAUGAACGAGUUCUUGGACAUCGUGUGCGCCAACGAUGCAUUGAACGCUCCCCUGAAUAGCGUGUGGCCAGCAAUCGCCCAUAGCGGCGACCGAGCGCUGGGGCUGCUCAAAAGAGCCAUGGAUGAAAGGGCCCAUGCCAACGCAUCGUGGCUCCUCCAGAACGGCUUGGAACUGCCGGCUCAAGUGGAACAUCUCAAUGAUCUCCUCCGCAGAGCCUGCAACAAUGACUCCGGCCCCGCCCUCGAGAGGCUACUCGAUCAUCACCCUUACCCCAAUAUUACAUGCGAGGAGGAGGAUGGAGGAGAAUUCCCCCGUGGGACACUCCUGAAUCGCCUGCUCGAUGUCAACACCAGAUGUUGUUUUAUAGAAAAAGGAUACUCCGCCAUCUGCGCCUUGAUGAGCCGCAACUGUGAUCCCUCGCGCGUUCAAGAUGAUGUCCUUCAACAAAUGAAGGAUGAACACCGCGCAGACGACAUAUACGGCAUGCUAGCGUUCGAUGACGGCUCGGAGAAUGAAUGCAGCAUCUGGAACCCCAAUAAUUUGUCCCGCAGAAACUACUUUGACUCCACUUCCGUCGUGAGCAAAUAUAACAAGAUUUGGGCUAUGUGGGUUAUGGUCUACAACCGAAGUAGAAACCUUCCCCCUCACGGUCCGAAAUUCAAAGAGGAUACGGUUGAGAACAGAAUAAAUGGUAGAUAUAGACCCGGCCGUGACUCCGACAAUGAAGAUGGUGGUGGUGAGAAUCCUGGCGAGGAUGCCGGUAUUGAUCCUGACGGUGAGUAA